AAUAAACAAUACAAACAUUGACUGCAAUGACAGUGCAAUGCAAAUGCUAUUUGAAAGACACGUCACGUCAAAGAUUUGAUCCCAAAAGAGUUGCUGAGAACUAACUGACAGUUCAACAACUGAUUCGACUAAUAAAGAUCCGACAAAAUGGUUUUGAUGACAAUGAUUGCCCGCGUGUCCGAUGGACUACCGCUGGCCGCGUCCGUUCAGGACGACCAACAGAUUGGUCGGUCUGUUCUCGAGUACCAAAAUCAGGCGAAGAUGUUGUUCCGCAAACUGAAUGCCCAGUCGCCGCCGCAGAUGACCAUCGAAACCGGACAGUAUCUGUUCCAUUAUCUCAUCGACAGUCACGUCUGUUAUCUGAUACUAUGCGACAAAUCAUUUUCCAAGAGACUGGCGUUUAGCUAUUUAGAAGACCUGCAAAACGAAUUCAAGAACCAAUACGGUUCGCGUGUCCACACGGUUUCCCGACCGUACAGUUUCAUUGAGUUCGAUAAUUACAUUCAAAAGGCCAAGAAGUCCAUAAUGGAUGCCAGAGCCCGAAGAAAUCUCACACAAUUGAACACUGAAUUACAAGAUGUCCAGAAAAUUAUGGUCCAAAAUAUCGACGACGUCCUGCAGCGUGGACUAGCCAUCUCCGAAUUGGAUAACAAGGCCAGCAAUUUGUCGUUAUUAUCACAAAAGUAUAAAAAGGACGCCCGAUAUCUGAACAUUCGGGCCACUUAUGCGAAGGCCGCGGCCGCCGGUGUUAUUGUUUUUGUCUUUGUUCUCUACUUUUGGAUUCUAUAAGAUUAUUAUAUUAUAAUUAUUAUUAUUAAUAUUUAGUUUUAAUAAUAUAUAAAUUUACAUAAAAAUAUUUUUAAAGAGAUAUUUGCAUCGGCUUUUAGAUGUUAACCGAUUAACUAUGGUAUCGAUUUAGUAGUGUUUUAUUAUUAUUAUUAUUGUUGUUGUUUUGUGGACCAAAUAAUAAGUAGUAUUGUUUAUCACACACACUCAUAGCUCUUAAAUAGCUUCAAUAACUUCACCAUCAAAUUAAUUAUAUAUAUAUUUAGAUUUAGUUGAUCUUAUUAGUUGUGUUUGGAAAACAACGCCAAAAAACUACCAGUCCUUUAGUACUACUGGUUGUAAAUUGUCUGAAAGAUAGUGUGUGUGUGUUAUUAUGAUAGUUAUAAUAACAUUUAG